GCGGCUGCGGCUGCUGCGGCGGCUGCGGCUGCGGCUGCGGCUGCGGCGCAGCCUGCGCCGCCGGCUGCUGCACGGUCGGCUGCUGCGCGGGCAGGGGCAGCGGCUGCUGCACCUGCGGGGCGCCCGCGAGGGCGGCCUGCUGCUGCAGCUGCUGCUGCGCCUGCUGCGCCUGCUGCAUCUGCAGGAGCUGCUGCUGCCGCAGCUGCUGCAGCUGCUGCAGCUGCAUGCUGGGGACCUGCUGCUGCACCUGGGCCUGCUGCACCUGGGCCUGCUGCAGAAGCUGCCACUGCUGCUGCGGCAUGGAGAACUGCUGCGCCGGCCACACCUGCGGCUGCUGCUGCUGCUGCGGCUGCCCCCGGCCUGCCGGCUGCACGGCCUGCCACUGCUGCUGCUGCUGCGGAGCCUGCCGCGCGGCGGGCACAAACUCGGGCGCGUCCGCCGGCAGGCUGCGCCUCGCGGCGGAGGAGGCCGCCGCGCCCCCAGGCACGAACUCCGCCGCGUUAACGUUCAUGCCUUCGGGGGACAGCUGCUUCGCCGCCGACCCGGAGCCGGCGCCGCCGCCCGACAGGGGCCAGCCCCCCGAAGCGCCCUGCUGCGAGGCACCCUGCUGGGACACCGCGCCUGCGCCGGGCCGCCCUGGGGCGCAAAGGCCGCCGCCGGCGCCUGCGCGAACUGCACCCCGCCGCCCCAGGCCUGCGGCUGUGCUCCAGGCUGGCCCUGGAAGGCGCAGCCCCCGAACACGGCCCCAGAGGCAGCGCUGAAGGUGGCCAUCGCCGGCUGCUGGCCCAGGGCGCCUGCCGGGACGGCCACGCUCUGCCACUGCUGCGGCUGCUGCUGCUGGGGCUGCACGGCGCUCUGCACGGCGCCCGGGUGCUGCGCGCCCUGCUGCGCGAAGGCGUCGUACUGCGGCUGCUGGCCGAAGGAGGAGCUCUGCGCUGCACCGAACUGCGCCUGCUGGGCCGCCGCCCCAAACUGCGCCUGCACCAUGCCCUGCCCGCCGGUCCACAUCGCCGCGCCCGGAGUGGCUGCCGGCAGGUGGGGCACAGGGGGGGAGGGCGGCGAGGGUGGAGGUGGAGGGCGGAGGAGGGGGACGAGGGACCACGGAAGAGGGCUUGCGCUCUCUUCGGAAAAACAAAAGGUUUGAGCCAGAAAGGCUGCGGCACCUCCCCAAGGGCCACCCAGCCAGACGCCAGCCCCUUCCGAAGGCAC